AUGUAUUUAGUAUCGUCUGCUGCAGGAGUUGUGUCAGAUAAAGAUUGUUCAACUAACGAUGAUUGCAAAGACAUUGAUCACGCUGAAUGUGACGGUGGAACUACAAAAUGCAAGUGUUCUGAUGGUUAUAGAGAGGAAGGCGAUACAUGUGUCAAAAGAAAAGUAUCGGAAACAGAUUGCACAAAUGGAGCAUGCACAGACAUAGAUAAUGCUGAAUGUGACAGUGGAACUACAAAAUGCAAAUGUUCAGAUGGUUAUAAAGAAGAUUCUACUGAUGGCAGCUCUUGUGCGAAAGCUGUUAGUGAUACAACAUGCUCAGAAAACGGAGAUGAAUGUGGCGAUAUCGAUAACUCUCAUUGUGACAAUGGCAAAUGUGAAUGUGACGCUGGUUAUGUCAUGAAUGUUGAUGUAUGUACCGCAGAAAAUGCAGCUGCAGUCAUACAGUUAGGGGCUCUUACGGUUCUUCUUUGUGUUUUGGCAACACUUAUACAGCAAUUCUGAUUUGGACGCAAAAGGAAAGCCUAAAUUCUUCUUUGUGUGUGUGAUGGACAUUUUAUUUAUUCCUUCUUCUUCACAUUUUUAUAUACUACCUUUUAUCAAAUCAAAAUAGAAUUGACAUUUAAUGAAAACUUUGAUUUAUUUAAAUAGAAAGGUGCAUACACAUGAGUAAAGAAAGGGAACUACCUGUACUGUAUUCUACAGAGUCAUAAUAAGUUUUUUCGGAUUUUAUUCAGUAUCUGUAUCUAUUUCCUUUAAUAUUGCCUUUUCGCUUUUGUUUUAUGUUUUUGUGUUAAGAGAUUUACAAUUUACCAUAGUCAACUGUUUAAUUCUUGAAUGAAAGAAUAUGAUUGUAUGUAUGAAAUCAUUUUGCUUGUAGAUUUUGAGACAUUGUAUUUAUGGUACGCCAAAUUGGUGUUUUAAUCUAUUUAAGCAAAAUGGGCUAUUACUCGGUGAAAAUAGUGUCGGAUGUCAUAUUCAAAGACAGACGUAGCGCAAUUAGAAAAAUAAUUGAAAUUUCAUGAGAAUCCUAAUGAAUUUAAAUGCCAAGACAAGUAAUGUAUAUAAACACCAAUCUUAACGCCUCAGAUUUUUUUAAUAUCCGUUAAUGCAUAAAAAAUGAUACAACUCAUAUUUCAUUGACAUAAAAUAAACAGUGUUUCGGUAUCUACUAGUUUUACCAGUUUUUAUACACUGUGAACAGCUUUAAAUGAACCAAGCAUUGUAGACAAGAUACUAUUUCCGACGAACGCCAUGUGAUUGCGUACAAACACUUUUUUUCAUUCAAGAAUAUUUAAUUAAGAAAUUCCUUAACAAAGAAAAGAAAAACAGGAUAUAACACUACUUAUUGUUGUCAAUGACGUUUCGUUUGAUAUAAUGGAAAA